GUAAAUAGCUCUUGUGGCCGAGAUGGGGAAAGCGGAGAAAGCAGAGGAAGCAUCGGAAAGUGGAAAAAUCCUCGACACUCCAAUGGAUCCGAUUUGCGAAAUCAGCGAAAAUUGCGCCGGAGAAGUCGCCGCUCUUCUUGCUCCUCUUCCCUCUCCCCAAGUGCAGGAGUAUUUCGAUGAGCUUAUAUCCAGUAGACGAUGCCGUGGGAUUGAAGUAAAACAGAAUGCCAACACCGGGAAAGGAGUCUAUGCUGAUACAGAUUUCCUGGAAGAGGAACUCAUUUUGAAGGAUCAGAUGCUUGUCGGCAUCCAGCAUUCGUCUAAUAAGGUGGACUGUUUUGUUUGCAGCUUUUGUUUCCGAUUCAUUGGAUCAAUAGAACAACAAAUUGGGCGGAAACUAUAUUUUAAGAAUUUGGGCAUUUCUGGUUGCUGUGAUGGUGAUUCAUCGGAUGGAGAAGACGGUGUUUGCAUGAAAUACAAUGAGAAUCUUGAUAAGUCUGGUGCAAGCAGUUCCAAGGAUAAUUCUCUUCCACCAGAAGUCGUGAAUUCACUGAUGAACGGUGAAAUGGCCUUACCUUACACCGAUAAGUUUUCUUUGCCCUCUCCUCUUCCAUGCCCCGGAGGAUGUCAUGAGGCUUUUUACUGUAGUGGAUCAUGUGCGGAGGCAGACUGGGAAACAUCACAUUCUUUACUUUGCACCGGCGAGAAGUCUGAGUCACUGUCUAGAGAGGCAAUUGGGGAGUUUAUAAAACAUUCUAAUGAGACAAACGAUAUUUUCCUCCUUGCUGCAAAGGCAAUUGCUUUUACCAUUCUAAGAUACAAGAAACUGAAAGCAGCCCAUGUGAAAGAACGAGAAAAACGAAAUAUAUCAAAGCAAUCUCUACUCCUGGAGGCAUGGAAGCCACUGUCCGUUGGAUACAAGAGAAGGUGGUGGGAGUGUGUUGCCUUGCCAGAUGAUGUUGACCCAUCUGAUGAAGCAAUGUUCAGAAUGCAAAUAAGGGAUCUUGCACACACAUCAUUGGAGCUUCUCAAGUCUGCUAUAUUUGACAAGGAAUGUGAAGCCCUCUUCUCUCUCGAAAUCUUUGGGCAUAUCAUUGGCAUGUUUGAGCUGAAUAACCUAGAUUUGGUGGUUGCAUCACCGGUAGAGGACUACUUCUUGUACAUUGAUGAUCUUUCCGGUACAAAGAAGGAAGAAGCCGAGGAAAUUACUCAACCAUUUCUAGAUGCUCUUGGUGACGACUAUUCGGUUUGUUGUCAAGGAACCGCGUUCUUCCCAUUGCAAAGCUGUAUGAACCAUUCGUGUAGCCCUAAUGCGAAAGCCUUCAAAAGAGAAGAGGACAGGGAUGGGCAAGCAGUUGUUAUGGCGUUAAGACAUAUCGACAAGGGCGAAGAGAUCACCAUUUCGUACAUAGACGAGGAGCUUCCGUACGAAGAGAGACAAGCAUCACUUGCAGACUAUGGUUUCAUCUGCAAAUGCACCAAAUGCUUGGAGGAAAGCCGCCACUGCUAAGUGUUAAUUGUCCGAACAAAGAUGACAUUGUUCAGUCUGUUAAUUGCCUCGUCAUUCAAUUUAGUCCGAUUAAUAACUUAAUCCCCAACUUAUAUAAUUUUUUCAAUAUAACCCUUUAAUGGAUA